CCACGCGUGUAUUGUUUAAACUGCUCAAAGCAAGCGCAGCUCCGAGCGAAACUUCUACACGAAGCAAUGGCGGCCGCUGUGUCCGUGAGCAGAGCUGCCGGAGAGGACCAGGGCUGCGCUGGUGUCGCCCCCCGGCCGCUUUGUGAACAGUAUGAUCAGGCUAAGUCAGAACACUGGGCUGCUGAUAAGCGCGGAGACUCGGAGGCUGAUCCGCCCGAUGCAGAGUGUCUGACAGGGAGCGACCAUCACCCGCGCAGGGCUGAGGACGAGCUGAGCGCGCUCAGCCCCGAGGAGGUCGCCAGUCGGCUGGAGAGAACUCGGAGAGAGUUUUACAACCGCCGCAAAAUCAUUAUUAAAAACCUCCCCGCGGAUAUCACCAACCAGGCAAUGCACGAGUUGUUAAGAAACUAUGAUCUGAAGUACUGCUUUGUGGACAAAUACAAAGGCACAGCUUUUGUGACUCUGCUAAAUGGUGAGCAGGCCCAGUGCGCGAUCAAGGAGUUCCACCAGUAUGUACUGCGCGAACGGGAGAUCUACGUGCAGCUGCAGCCCACAGACGCCCUGCUGUGUAUCGCCAACCUCCCGCAGGCCUUCACGCAGCAGCAGUUCGAGGAGCUGGUGCGGCCCUUUGGCAACUUGGAGCGUUGCUUCUUGGUGUACAGCGCAUGCACGGGCCACUCCAAGGGCUACGGCUUCGUGGAGUACAUGAAGAAGGACUCGGCCGCCCGGGCCAAAUCGGAGCUGUUAGGCAAACAGCUCGGCUCGCGCAUGCUGUACGUGCACUGGACUGAAGUGGGAUCGCUGACGUACGCCAUGCUACACUCGCGCUGCCUCUGCGUGGACCGCCUGCCUGCCAGCCUCCUGACUGCUCAGGACCUGCUCAACACCCUGGCUGACAUGCCAGACCCCGUCUUCUGCCAGGUCGCUCAGGGACAAGAUGGCAGUUUUCGGCGUUUUGCCAUUUUGGAGUACUCCACGCCAGAGAUGGCUGAAGAAGUGCAGCGAUUAACUGAUGGAAGGCCUGUAGGUGGUAGCCGUGUUCGAGUGUCCUUCUGCGCUCCAGGACCUCCAGGCAGGAGCAUGCUGGCUGCACUUAUUGCUGCUCAGACUUUGGCUAUAAAUCGAGGGAAAGGUCUCCUUCCUGAACCGAGUGCCAUGCAAAUCCUUUCUAGCUUGAGCAACCCAGCGACCCUGAAAUUGCUGCUGGCUUCUUUCAGUCAGGGACACAAACAAGGUCUGCUCGGUGCGGCCCCGGCCAUGCCGCUGCUCACGAACCCCGCCCUCUCCACCGCGCUCUUGCAGCUGCUGCUUCAGAACCAAGUCCAGCAGCAGGCUGGACUGCUCAGUGAAAACCCUCUGGCUGCGCUCCCUCUUCAGCACAGUGUGAGCAUGCUGGGAGAUCUACCUCAUGUUCUGUCUGGUACAGGUGCCAUGGCUCCUGGCUUGGGAAUUCAAACGGAACCUUUGGGCCCCAUAAAGCCCCCGUCUCUGGGCCGGACUCUAGGGAGGGAGCCGGAGUCUGCAACCACACCGAAUAGUUUCCCCGCAAACCCUUCUCCUGCACUCCAGGGUAUGAGCGUUCCACUUCUGGGGAGUGUGCUAGGAGGAGAUGGGUCCACACUGCCAACGGUGUCUUUAUUAGGAGAGCCACCCAAAGAAAUGGGCAUGUCCCCAAACCCCUUUCUGAACUCACCGAGUAUAUUCCCAUCCUCUGCUGCCAACAAUAGGCCCCACCCAUACAGGAAGAGACCAAUACUAGGUAGCAUGGCUAACCAGCGGCCCAUCCAGAGCAUCCCCUCCAGUUAUAACCUGCGCUGCCAAGACUCGUACGAGUUCCCAGCAGUACACCAGGACCCCCUCUCUCACCUCUAUGAGCAUCUGCAGACUACGGACAGCACCGGACACCUGGCCUACGGAGCACAGCACUCAAGACACAGAGCGGUCAGUGAGGGAAGGUCUCUCUUUGCUUACCCGCCCAGCCCUUCUGGCUCCUCCUACUUCAGCUUUGGUGCCCCUGGGACCGUGUCCUCCACCCAGCUCAAUAAGGCUGUGGGAAUGCCUCCCACCACUCACUCCAGUGUCUUCUCUGCUGCACCUGGAAGUGGAGCUAAGACUCCUGUGGGUGGACAGAAGCGUCUCUUCUCACGACUGAUUCCGUCUCCAGAGCCCAGUCCAGAGGGUGGCUACGUGGGUCAACAUUCUCAGGGUCUCGGGGGUCACUACGCCGACUCCUAUCUGAAACGGAAGCGCAUAUUUUAAUCCCCUUGCUCCUUGUCGAUCCCCGCUGAGGGACGGUGGCCGCGCGUGGCGUUUUUUUUGGAAAUCCAGGAAACAUCCCGUUAACCUGUUCCACGCCAGUCAGUGGGAGAUUUGUUUGUGAAUGAUUUCAGUGCGCAUGUAAAUUAUUUUAUUUUUUUUCCUACUUUUUAAUUUUGCCUUUUUAAGCUUUUUUUUCCUCUUUCAUUAACGCUAAGACCGCAGGUACCUCACAAAGGAAAUCCCCGCCUCUAGUUUUUUUUUUUCCCCUCCCUGUUAAUUAACUGUUCUGUAUAUAGUGGAGUAGACUUCAUGAAUACAGUCGGCAUUUUCGGAAACCCUCUGGACAUGUGGUGUGAUGGUCUCGGCAGCAGGAACGGUAGCUGCUCUGUUCAUCUGUGUUCAUUGCUUCACUCCUGCUGGACACAAUGUUUGAUCAGCGUUUGUGUUAAACCUGUCCCCUUCCCACUUCCUUGGUCACAAGUCAGGUUUCCUGCACUAAAUGUUGUGUGUUGCACUUGGAGGAUGCGAGUCACAUGAAAUCUGCCUUCCUCAUUUUCUCUUUCUCUCUCACUAGCCUUUGUUUUUCUACAGUUCUGUAACCUUCUGUUACCCAUGCAGUGCAAGCCCCUGUACCACCAGUAGAGGGAGCUAGUUAGCUUUGUGGGAAAGUGCUCUUUCUCAUGUGCCUGCUUUAUUUGCCUUUUUUUUUUUUUUUUUAAAGUACUGGAACAGAAAAGACAGUUGACAGCAGGCUGGACCUGUGCUUGAACAUGAGUCUCUCUCUCAGUAUGAAAUUACUGCUGCAACUGUCCCAGCUCCAUCCCGACUCCUGCGGCGGGGAGUUCUCUCUGAUUAGAACAUGGCUGGAUUAUGAGUACCAGAUCUGUGACUUGCUUAAUCUUGGCUGAAGUUUUGAUUGUGGUAACUGAAUCUCUGGUGUGUUGCAAUUCAUGACGGAAUCUACAAAUCCCUCUGGUGUCUGAGCUCAUGACGUGUCGAGUGUCAUCUUUCCCUACUUAACCUCCUUAUUUGCUGUGUACAUACCUGAGCUUGUAUAUUUCUUUGGAAUUUUUUCCUCGUGUUUACUUUUUCUUUAUCAAGUCUGUAAUUAGAUUGAAAAUGCUGCUGAUUUGUUUAUUUUUUUUUUGUAUUUUUUCCCCUUUUUUUUUUUUUUUUAAUUUGAGUGAUCUAGCAGCAUCUUGAGUUUACACAUGCUAUAUAGAUUUGCUGUAUUGUAAAGAACCAAACGGACUUCAUUUGUAAAACGACUGCUUAGCAAGUGCAUCAUUUGUAUAGAGCUGCCAUGUUUGUGACGCAUUUCAGUAAGUAAAUGUUUAUUUAAGUUCA